AUGUUUGAAGCUCAAAUGCAAUUACAUCGGGAAUUUUUAGAAGCCCAAUGUGACACAAAGAAAAAGCAACAUGUGCAAUCGGUUAAGUUACCGAAACUGGAGAUAUGUUUUUUCAAUGGUGAUAAAAUUAAAUGGAUUGAAUUUUGGGACAGUUUUGAAAGCUCAGUGCAUAAAAGUGAAACGUUAUCAAAUAUUGAUAAAUUCAAUUACUUAAGGAGUAAACUUGAAGGUGAAGCUUGUAGUGCUAUAGCGGGCUUAUCGUUGUCGAACGAAAAUUACAGGGUGGCAGUCAACAUUCUCAAGGAGCGUUUUGGUGACACUCAGGAAGUCAUUGACCUCCACUACAACAAGCUUAUCAACAUCAGACCAGCCGGCGAUUAUGUCGAAAGCUUGCGGAAAUUCCUAGAUACCAUGGAUAAACAUCUAAGAAGCCUGGAAGUACUUGGACAAAAUAUUGAUCAAGAUGUGUUCGUUGCUGUUGUUAAAUCGAAACUACCGAGCAACGUUAUUCGACAUCUUGAAAUCCAAAAAGGUUCACGCGAAAAGUGGACAAUAAAGAAGCUUCGAGAUAUUCUCUGUGAAUACAUUGUGGCUAGUGAAAAAGCAGAAAAGGUGCAAAAAUCAGAAACAGUUAAACCUAAAACAAACAGGUUUAAUAAUAACACGAAACCGGAGUUAAAAGUACAAUCAUUUGGUCAAAGAAAAGUGUACAGCCAGCCAGUAAGUUCAUCAGAAGCGUUAUCUGCUGGCUCUUUUGAAAACAGGAAUAAAAACUGUCGCUAUUGUUCAAAAUUACAUUGGAGCGAUGAAUGUGUUAAGCACAAGACCAUUGAUGAAAGAAAAUUAUGUUUAAAAGGCAGUUGCUUUAAAUGCUUGAGGGGAGGACAUUCGUCGCGUGACUGCAAAAGCAACAAAGUAUGUGUACAUUGUGGUCAGCAACAUGUGCAUCAUCGCAGCUUAUGUCCAAAGAAAUUUAAAAGUAAAAGUGUGAAUGAAAAUGUAGCUGUAUCUGAAGAAGUGAGUGAAACGUACGAGAAUAAUACACUUCCCAAAGAAAAUGCUCUCUUGUCCACAGGUGAAAUAGUUCUAAUGCAAACAGCGCGAACAAAUGUCGAAAAUCCUGACAGUCAGUUUGAAAGGAAAGCCCGUGUUUUACUUGAUUCAGGGUCUCAAAGAACCUACAUCACUGAAAGCUUGGCAAGUGCACUUAAUCUCAAAAAAGCUGAAACGCAAGAAAUUCGUUUGGUAACGUUUGGCAGUAAUAAAAAUAAAGUAAUCAAAACAGAAAGCACAAAUUUGAAGUUAAAGCUGACUGAUGGAAGUGAUAUGAUGAUUACUGCAAACGUUGUUCCAAAUAUAACCGGAAACAUUGAAAGGAAACCUGCUAACAUCUAUAAAAGGGAUGAUUUCAAAAACCUGACUCGCAAUCUGAGAUUAGCAGAUACUGUACCAUGUGAAACUGAAUCAGGUCUUAUCGACAUAUUGAUUGGGAAUGAUUUCUAUUUGGACAUUAUUCAACCUGACAGAAUAGAAGUUCAACCAGGACUUUAUUUGCUGUCAUCUAAACUUGGAUGGUUACUCUCAGGAAGAACAAACGCAGUUGACGAUAGUGUUGAAGAUAUCAGUAUGCUCAUUCUUACGCAUGGAAAAAUGGUUACAGAAUCGAAUUUGUUCACGGAUGUUGAUAAGUCUCUUCCUACAAAACCAGACCUUGAGGACUUCUGGAAUGUCGAAACGAUCGGAAUAACAAAUCCAAUAGACCAGUCAGAUGAUCAAACAGCAAUGAAAAACUUCAAGAAUACAUUUAAACGUUCAGAUGGCAGAUAUCAGGUGACUUGGCCAUGGCGUGACGAAUACCAAGAAUUGCCUGAAAACCGUGGCUUGGCAUUAGGAAGAUUAAAAUCUUUAGCAAACAAAAUACAAAGAAAUCCAGAGCUUAUGGAAAGGUACAAUGCGACAAUUAAUAAUCAGUUAAACAAUGGCAUUAUUGAAAAGGUAGACAAAGAAAACUGUGAUGGGCGCAAGCAUUACAUACCACACCACGUAGUCAUCACACCACAGAAAACAACUACAAAACUAAGAAUCGUGUAUGAUGCUUCUGCAAAAACAAGUAAAGAAUACAAGAGUUUGAAUGAUUGUCUCUGCAGGGGACCGGUAUUACUCAAUGACCUGUGUGGAAUAAUGUUGCGGUUUAGACUUUAUAAGAUCGGAAUAGUUGCAGAUAUUGAAAAGGCAUUUCACCAAGUUAGACUACAACCAUCGGACAGGGAUGUGACACGAUUUUUGUGGUUUAAGGAUUUGAGUGCACCAAUGAUGGAUCAAAACAACAUUCAGGAAUACAGAUUUUGUAGAGUCCCAUUCGGUGUGGUAUCCAGUCCAUUCUUACUGAGUGCUACUAUCGAGCAUCAUUUGGAUAUGUACGAGACAGAAGUGGCUGAAAAGCUCAAAAGUGAUAUAUACAUGGACAAUUUGGUUACAGGAACUGAUUCUGUUGGUGUUGCAAAAGAUCUGUAUCGUGAUUCAAAAGUUAUGUUUAAUGAAGCAAAAAUGAACCUUCGAGAGUGGAAUACAAAUAGUGUCGAAUUGAAAAGUGUGAUUGAAAGCAAAGAUUUAGCUGACGAACAAGUGACAACAGUUUUAGGUCAUACGUGGGAUAUACAAAAUGAUACCAUAGCAUUAAAUCAAGUGAAGAAUCUUAAUGAGAACGACAAGGCAAUAACGAAGAGAAAUGUGCUUAAACAGAUUGCGUCGGUAUUCGAUCCGAUGGGAUUAUUAUCUCCUGUUACCUUAAAAGGAAAGUGUUUGCUUCAAAGCCUAUGGAAAAAGAACAUAGAAUGGGAUGAUCGUCUUGGAAGUCAGGACGAAAAUGAAUGGCUGGAGAUAAAGGAAGAUUUGCAAGACAUAGCAAAUUGUAGAGUGAAACGUUGUGUAGCUUUUUCGGAGCAAUCUGAAGUUGUAACGUAUACUCUUGUGUGUUUCUGUGACGCUUCCAACCUGGCGUACGCUUCAUCGAUAUAUUUGUUACAAGAAAGCAAAUGCAGCAAAAAGUGUGAUUUGAUCUUUGCAAAGAGUAGACUUGCACCAAUAAAAGAAAUGACAAUACCAAAACUUGAAUUGAUGGCAGUACUGAUUGGUGUUAGAAGUACACACUUUGUGGAAAAGCAAUUAAAGAUAAAGUUGAAAGCAAAAAUAGUGAUGUCAGAUUCACAGUGUGUUUUACAUUGGAUACACUCACAGAAAAAGUUGCCAGUGUUCAUUGAAAACCGGAUAAAAGAAAUAAGAACUCAUUCUGAUAUUAGUUUUCAAUACGUUAACACCAAGGAUAACCCAGCAGACAUAUUAAGUCGUGGAUGUACAAUUGGUGAAAUUCAAAGGUCCAAUUUGUGGUGGAAUGGGCCGAAGUGGCUGUUGGAACCCAAGGAACAAUGGCCUAUAAAUAGGAGUACUGAUCCUAACAAUGAAAACAGUUGUGUGACAAGUGAAGUUAAACCAAAUCGUGGUCAGAUUCAAAAAGAAGAAAAUAUUCUAGUAGAAAAAGAAAGUUCACGCGAUAUUAAACCACCCUUCGAAAUUGACAUUGAAAAGUACUCCUCUUUGACAAAAGUGUUUCGAAUAACGGCAUGGUGUAACCGAUUUGUGAAUCGACUAAAAGAUAACGUUCCAAGUUGUGUUAAUCUUAAAAGUGAAGAGAUAGAAAAUGCUGAAAAAAUGUGGAUACUACACACACAGAAAAUACAUUUCUCAGAUAUGUUCACAUCGCUAGGUGCAAAGAAACCAAACAAUUUGACCAAACAGCUAGGUCUUUACAUUGAAGAUAGUGGUAUACUUAGGUGCCAUGGAAGACUUGAUCAAGCAGAGCUUAGCGAAGCAGAAAGACAUCCUAUUUUACUACCUAGCAAGUCCAGAUUUACGGAUUUAGUGAUUGAAAAGCGAUUUAUAGCCAUACGGGGAACACCAUCCGAAAUAAUUAGUGACAAUGCUAAACAAUUCAAAUUAUCAAGUGAUACAAUCAAGCUAGUGUGGUCGAAUGUAAUUAAAAGCAAGGACGUGCAAAAUUUCUCAUCAAAUGAAGGAAUAAAAUGGAAUUUCAUAGUUGAGAGGGCACCAUGGAUGGGAGGUUUCUAUGAGCGAUUAGUUGGGCUGGUAAAAAGAGCUCUGAGGAAGUCGGUUGGUAGAAAAAUAUUGACAGAAGAUCAACUACAAACCAUGUUAAAAGAGACCGAAGCUAUAGUUAAUUCCCGGCCGUUGACGUACAUAGGAGAUGACCUAAAUUCCUCAGUGACAAUAACUCCAAGACAUUUCCUAUGUUUAAACCCCAAAACUGGGAUACCAGAAAGUGAUAUCUUAAGUGAUGACCCGGAUUAUAAAGUUCAUUACACUAAUAAGGACAAGUUGUUAGAGUUGUGGAAAAAGGGUGAAAAACUUCUUAACGCAUUUUGGAAUAUUUGGAGAAAUGAAUACCUCUUAAGUUUAAGAGAAAGGACCCAAAACAAGUUAAAGUGUCAAGAGUGCAAUCCCAUCAGUCUCCAAAUGUUGGAGACAUAG